CCCAGAUCACUCCUUGGACCUGGGGUGUGUGCCUAGCCUCACGUCGAGGGUAUACGUGUGGCUGCACGGGGAGUGUGUGAAUGUGGUAGAAGGAGGGGCCCUCCUAGCUGCUCCAUCCGUCCGUUUUAUUAGGGACACAUUAAUCUAUAAUCAAAUACACCUCAUAAAAUUUUUAUUGAAAGGCAUAAUAUCAUUACAGAGGUCUUCCACCUGUUUUAAACAACACGACAAGCUGUGAGAGAGCGUGUGUGGGUAUGUGUGGGGAGGGGUGGGUUUAGGUAAGAAAAGAGGCAAGGGAAGAACAACUCCCCUUGGGCGCCAGGGGGCCCGCCCUAAAAGGCCCGCCUGCCUGAGGCCGCACUGGGCCGGGAGCCUCCAACUACUCCCGGCUUUGGAUAAACGCCUAUGUCUGUGCCCUGGAAGCCCGACCCGCGGCUCAGAGCCCAGGAGUCCAAGAGCCAGAGCCCGGGAGGAGAUGGCAGGACCCAGAGCCGCAAGAAGAGAUGAACAAAUAGUCCCCAGCGCCUCCUGCGGCCGCAGUUAGGCCUGUGGUCUCGGCUGCCACCCGGGCGGGCUAAGCCGGGCUUGGCCGGGCUGGCUGGCUCGUGGACCUGGGCCCGACAGCUCUAAUUGCAACGCUCCUGAUGAUGAUGAUUUUUUUUUUUUUAAAUCACAGCAGCCCCCAGUUUAGCGGACUGAUUUACUCCGGGUAUUGGUAAAUAUGAUCACGUGGGCCGCGCGACCAAUGGUGGUGGCUGCAGCCUGCGAACUAGUCGGCGGCUUGGGCGCCGGCGAGGAGCGGCUCGGCGGCGGGCAGUGUAACCUUGGGUGGGAGCGCGCGGCGCCUCAACAUGUCGUCCAGUGGCACCCUCAGCAACUACUACGUGGACUCGCUAAUAGGCCAUGAGGGCGACGAGGUGUUCGCCGCCCGCUUUGGGCCACCAGGGCCAGGGACCCAGGGCCGGCCCACAGGUGUGGCCGAUGGCCCUGCCACCGCCGCCGAGUUCGCCUCGUGUAGUUUUGCCCCCAAAUCGUCCGUGUUCUCCGCCUCGUGGUCCGCGGUGGCCGCCCAGCCCCCAGCGGCGGCGACGAUGAGCGGCCUGUACCACCCGUACGUGUCCCCGCCGCCCCUGGCCUCCGCCGAGCCUGGCCGCUACGUGCGCUCCUGGAUGGAGCCGCUGCCGGGCUUCCCUGGCGGCACGGGUGGUGGCGGUGGCAGUGGUGGCGGCGGUGGCGGAGGCCCGGGUCCCGUUUCCAGCCCCGGCGGCCCAGCCAACGGGCGCCACUACGGGAUUAAGCCUGAAACCGGAGCGGCCCCGGCUCCCGCCGCAGCCUCCACCUCCUCCUCCACCUCCUCGUCCUCCUCCUCCAAACGGACUGAGUGCUCCGUGGCCCGAGAGUCCCAGGGGAGCAGCGGCCCAGAAUUCCCGUGCAACUCGUUCCUGCGGGACAAGGCGGCGGCAGCGGCGGGAGGGAAUGGGCCCGGGGUGGGAAUCGGGACUGGGCCAGGGGCGGGAGGCUCGUCCGAGCCCUCAGCUUGCAGCGAUCACCCGAGCCCGGGUUGCCCGCUGAAGGAGGAGGAGAAGCAGCAGCCGCAGCCGCCGCAGCAGCAACUUGACCCAAACAACCCCGCAGCGAACUGGAUCCAUGCUCGCUCAACCCGGAAAAAGCGCUGUCCCUACACCAAAUACCAGACGCUAGAGCUGGAGAAAGAAUUCCUUUUCAACAUGUACCUCACCCGGGACCGGCGCUACGAGGUUGCUAGGAUUCUGAACCUUACAGAGAGACAAGUCAAAAUCUGGUUCCAGAACCGUAGAAUGAAAAUGAAAAAGAUGACCAAGGAGAAAUGUCCCAAAGGAGACUGACCCAGUGCGGUCCUGGCCGGCAGCGCUCAAAGGCGGCGUGUUUUGUUUUUGUUUUCGUUCUUUGUGGGUGCUUGAUUCAGAAACUCUGCAGCGACUUGGACCUUUCUUCUUCUUCUUCUUCUUCUUCUUCUUCUUCUUCUUCUUCUUCUUCUUCUUUUAGGUAGAAGUGACUGUGUGGUUGGUCUCUGUGAGUUGUUUGGGGGACACUGUAUUUGCUCGCAUAUGUACUGGAGAAACCAAGUGGUUUUGGAUUUUUGUCUUAUCCCAUCCCCCACCCCCAUUUUCCUACUCCGUUGUUUCCUUGGGAAGUGCUAUAUUUUGUGAGUGCACGCAGGCUUGAUGAAGCCCUCUCCUGUGUAAAUGCCCCUCAUGUCUCUGAAAAGUGCUGUAGUUUAGUCUAACCCCAUCCAGCCUCCCAACAGGGCCAACUAUCCAAUUCCGAGACUCUGAAAGCCGAGGGAAACGGUGGGACACCCCCAACCCACCCCAUGCUCUCCCGUACCAAACUCAACCCAGCUGCUCACCGCAGGAAAUCCCCUGUCUUCGGGGAGCCCACGGGCUGAUUUCCAGAGAGGCCUACUAAGAAGUCCUGGGCCCUGGGGCGCG